AUGGACUCUGAGGCAUCUGGCGAGUCCAGCGGGACUUCUGGCACUGCUGUCAUUCACAGCGCAGGGCAUGAUGACGCCCCGCCGUCGGAGGGGGGAGGCGCCCUGUCCCAGCGGCCGAGGCCGCUCCCGCGAGUCGAAAGGCCACGCGCGCGUCGAGAAAAAAAACGAACCCAGCGAAGCGGCACCCCGUCCCGGUGUAUACACGUGCACUUCCCGGAACUUCUGUCCGCAUGUGCGCUGCCACGACUUCUGCAGGAGCGACUUCAGCAAGAUGGGCAGCAGCAGCUGUGGCGCUCUGUAGAGAUCGUCCCGCACGAGCGGCGUCAAGAAUGGCUCCGCAGCUUGCGCGAUGGAUGCUGUACAGACAGUUCGGCCCAGGCGGGAGAUCUCGAGAAUCCGAACGUCCUCUCAGAGUUACUGGCCGUCGAAAAACUGAUGCAGAUCGCCCCCCAGACCUGUGUUCUGUGCAUGCCCACGGAAAUCGUCACCCACGCGCAGCUUGUGCAGCGGCGACGGCGCACAGAAGACAGCUCAGACAGGAUGACAUGCUGCGAAGAGCCUGCCAGCAACCGCGUGUAUAGACGUAUGCUUUUGCUGCCUCUCUACACCACUGCGGACCUCGCGUCAGAGGAGGAGGUAUCGGGAUCUCAGCGUGCCGCGUCGGGAGAAUCAGGCGGCGGAAUGCGAUGCAGAGUACAAGAUCUCCCCCGCCGAGUCUACGGUCUGAUGCAAGAAGUGAAGGGUGACGCUCGGAUUGUUUGCAUUCUGGAGGGCGUUCGAGCGGCUCUCGCCAUCCCGCAGCCGCACAUUUCGACAUCGGUUGAGCCUUUUGAAGAUCCGCAGGCUGGUUUUACAGAUCCUGGCUCGCUGAGUCUCGCGGGGGGUUCGCAGCAGCGCGAUGAAGGGGUCCUGCCGAGCCGAACGCAAGACUGUCCUGUUCAUUCGUUGGGCGCAUCUACAUUUUCUGCAGAGAGCCUUGAUGAAAUGAUAUGCAUGCUGCUUAUCGAAUGGGGUGUGGACACGCAGGAACCCCUGAACUCGGCAGGGACGGCGACGUUCCUUUUCGGGGCCCUCAAGCAGCUCCGCGCAGCAGCGGUGCAGCUGUCUGAACUGCCGCUGGAACUGCAGCAGAGAGUCAAAAAACGCAGGCAGAUGUCGCUGUCGUCGGCCGUAAUCGUCAGUGAUAUUGCCGCGGACGCCGACCUCGGUGUCCCGCUAGUCACUGCAGAGAACUCUCGUCCAACCGCGUCGCCGCCAGGGUCUGAGGGAGAAGCGCCGUCGCCUGUUUGCGAGGCCACAAGCGCGACGGAACAGAACGGCGGACGCGCAGAAGCGGAGGGCACAGCGGCGCUACCUAACUCGAAAAACGUGUGGGGUUUCGCGUGUCGGUUGUGGGCUGAGCAACUUAUGCAGAUUUCAGGCGUCACCGACAAAGUCGCGAGCGCCGUUAUUCGGCGCUUCCGCAGGCCAGCGGCUCUCCUUUCCGAGCUGCGGCGCGCCGAGGCUGCGGCGAGUGAGCCGACAUCUCCUGGCGGCGCCUCGUGUCCUCUCAGAUCUGAGGGGAGUUGUCAGGUGGCGAAGAAGCACGCGAUGAAGCGCCGCCGGCAGAGGGACGCGACAGCUGCAGAGGCAGCGGCCAUAGUUAACGAAUUAGCUAGUCUCGAAGCGCCCUCUGCGUUUCUUGGGCUGACACGAUGCACAGACGACGUGGCAGCGGCGGGACCUCCGCGUGCCUUAAAAGUUGGGAAAGCCCGCGCAGAGAAGAUCUGCCGGUUGUUUAGGGAGAACGUGGACGGCGGAAGUAUUCUGUAG